AUGGGAAGCAAGAGGAACGAGAUAGAUCGUUUGAGGGCAGCGAGACCUCUUUGUAUACAAUACGCUACAGGACAGGUCCAAGCAGAACACUCAUUGUUUGUAGUAGGUACAGGCAGCGGCGCUGAAGUCGAAAGUGCUGCACCAGCCCCACGUACUAAACACGAUAAAAGAGUUCGCCCAAAAACUGCUCGGCCUCGACGAAACAGGUAUGUACCUAACUACCUACAUACUGAAAGUACAAAUGCGGGGUACACCUGCGACCCCACCUGGUACAGGCAAGUCGCUUUGUCACUGCCAAUUUCGGAGAAUUGCCGCCAAUUGCUGGUAGAUUGUGUAGUAUGGACGUUACAGGAUAUCACCAGGCCCGGAGACCAACAGUCCACUGCAGCCGUGGGCGACUGCUCCACUGUCGAGGUUAUCGAGAAUGAUUCGCUCGACGAGCGCAUCGACAGCCUCUCUCACUUCACAAACGUCAACAGAUCAAUCGCUAGAAAGAUAUUAGACGAACAUCCCGCUCGUAGGACCAUCUGUAUUCUUGAACAACACUACGGUUGUAUGAUGUAUACUUACCGCUGCUACUGUCAGUUAUAUUUAAAGUAUCUUACAGUGAAGUUUGAUCACGAGAAUACAGUUCUGUGA